AAAAAAGAAAAAAAUAAUAAUUUAUUUUCUCCCUGCAGGCGGGAGUUUUUAACCAAGCACUUGAAAAGUUUUUCUCCACCGGAGAAACUACUGUCGCCGGCGAUGGGCUGCAUUUGUUUCAAACGUUGGCGUCGAUCGUCUUCUCCGUCGAUAACAUCCACCAUCACCGUCAUCGACGAUCUAGAUAAUAAAGAAGAAGAUGAAGGAAGUACUUGUCCUAAUUUCCUGGAGUUCAGCUUGGAACAGUUGAGAGUCGCAACUGACGGAUUCUCCGCCGACAACAUCGUGUCGGAGCACAACGAGAGGGUUCCUAACAUCGUCUACAAAGGCCAGCUCAACGACGGAAGAAAGAUCGCCGUCAAGCGGUUUCAACGGCUUUCAUGGCCUGAUUCUUUAGAAUUCAUCGUUCGUGUCCUUUACCCAUCAAUACUUAUUGAUUCUUCUCUGUUUGGUUUUGUAUAAGAUUUGACUAGUGAUCGCUUAUUCAUCUGAUUUGACUUUAUUGGUUACUAACUCCGUGAUACUUCUCUUGAAUGUUGCAAUGUUCUGGAUUCUGAUUUGUUGCAGAGGAGGCAAAUUUCAAGUCUGUUUGACUUAGUAAAGAUUCAAUUCGGUUCUAUGCUUGAUCUGUUGCAGAGGAAAAUUUCUUGAAUAUGGCAUAUUUGUUAUUCAGGAGGAAGCACAAGCUGUAGGGAGAUGUAGGAGUGAGCAUAUGGCCAAUUUGAUCGGUUGUUGCUCAGAAGGUCACGAGAGGUUGCUUGUUGCUGAGUACAUGCCUAAUGAAACACUUGCUAAGCAUCUCUUUCACUGGGAGAAAAGACCAAUGAAGUGGGAAAUGAGGUUGAGAGUUGCGUUACAUACUGCAACAGCCUUGGAGUACUGUAAUGAUUGGGGAAUAGAUUUGUAUCACGAUCUUAACACCUACAGAAUAUUGUUUGACAAGGUUGGGAAUCCUAGGCUGUCUUGUUUUGGUCUCAUGAAGUGUAGCCGAGAGGGAAAGAGCUAUAGUACCAACUUGGCAUUUGCUCCUCCUGAAUAUUUACGUCUAGGUACUGUGAUACCGGAGAGUGUCACAUUUAGCUUCGGAACCUUGUUACUGGAUCUUAUGAGCGGCAGACAUAUUCCACCAAACCAUGCACUUGAUCUGUUCCGUGGUAAAAACUAUUUGGUGCUAAUGGAUUCAGCUCUGGAUGGUCAAUUCUCUGAUGAGGAUAGAACAGAACUUAUCCAUCUAGCUUCCCGCUGUUUGCGCCCUGAACCAGACGAGAGGCCAAGCAUAAAGUUUCUUAUGUCAGCUCUUUCAAGACUUGAGAAAAGAGCUGAGUUAUGGCCCAACGUCAAAGAAGAAAACAUCCCUACUCCAUCAUACACUGAACCUGCAACAAAGGAGCCAUUGCCCUUGACCCCUUUCGGAGAAGCAUGCUGGAGAGUGGAUCUAAGUGGUAUGCACGAACUACUCGAGAAACUCGGGUAUGGAGAGGAUGAUGUGGUGGUCACAAAUGAGUUCUCAUUCCAAAUGUGGACGGGUCAAAUGCAAGAGAAUAUGGAUUACAAGAAGCACGGAGAUGCCGCAUUUCGUGCUAAAGAUUUUGAAACCGCAAUCGAAUUCUACACAGAGUUCAUGAGUGGAGCACCAGUGGUAUCACCAACAGUAUUAGCCAGACGGUGUCUAUGUUACCUAAUGAGUGAUAUGUUCCGCGAGGCUCUAAGUGAUGCGAUGCAAACUCAGGUCGCAUCGCCAGAGUUUUCGAUCGCUCUCUACUUACAAGCAGCUUGUCUUUUAAAGCUUGGGAUGGAGGCUGAAGCUAAAGAAGCUCUUAGACAUGGCUCUUCUCUCGAAGCUUUUUAGAGUUACUACGACGACAACAAAAAAGCCAGAUUUGUACAGCUUCUUUCUCUGCAUAAGUAUGUAGAAAUGUGAAUAUACACAUAGCACAUAUACAUGUUUGCUUCUUUGACUUGGUUUGAGAGAAUCUUGGUGAACCAUCAGUUUUUUGUGUGCUAAAACCGGAUUUUCUUGCCGUUUUCCCUUGAUCUUAACUGGAUUGUGGUUUUUGUUACUACACAUUCACACUAAUUAGUAGUGUUAUGACAUUGAUCAUCAUCGUCAGAUUGUUGUCAAGGCAUGUUGCAAAG